UUGACGUUUGGUGUUUUCUUAUUUAAGUUCAAUGAAUUCCGAAUUUCUUUUUUUACUAGUGCCCAAUUUUAUCAAAUUUUUAGCGGUUCGACAAAAUCCGACAUCUCUACGGCAAAGAGCACAGGUGGCGAUACAGCUGCAGCUCCUGCUGGGCCAAAGCUAACAAAGAGUCAGAUCGAAAGUUUCAAUCGUCGUGCCAAAAAAGUUGGCGAAGGUCUCAAAGAAUUAACCAAAGUUGCGAGCAACACCAAAAAUUUUGAUGAAAAACUGCAACAGGACAAGCAGCGAAUCAAGGAUAUCGAUAUGCGGCUAAAAACGCUCUCGAAAAAGGAACAAAGUUUGAACGCUGAGCUAACGAAGCAGAUGGAUGUGCAUUUUCGCCUUCCGUCUUCACAAAUUAACGAGGAGCACAGCGAUUCAAACUUUUAUGGUGUAUGCGAACUAGUUGAUGGCUACCAGAAGACAGUUGAUAAUUUGGAUAAGGCAAUGAGCAAGCUCGAGCAGAUUCGCAAAGUGCCGGCAAUAAAGAGUAUUGGUAGCAAAAUGCCAAAUACUCCAACAGUGGAUGAAAUUGAUGAGAUUAUCAUUGUCAUGAAACGCUUUAUCGCAAAGCUCCGUAUCCAGGUUUCCGUUUUUCCUUAAAA